AUGGCUGCGAUCUGGGAUUCUAUGGAGAAAAAUGCGUUCAGCACAGAUUUGACCAGAAAUCUGGCAUAUGUCAAGGUGGAUGUAAAUCAGGCUGGAAAGGACUCCAAUGUGAAAGAGGGCUUUAUGAGAGAUUGUGGGAUGUUCGUCGAAAAUGAUUUGCUACUUUAUGGCUUCAUGGCUUGUGACUCCAAUAUGUUCGGGAAGGAUUGUAGUAAGCUGUGUGGAAGUUGCCGUGACGAAACUCAAUGCCAUCAUAUCACUGGAACUUGUCACCUUGGGUGUAACUCUGGUUAUAUUGGAGAUGCAUAUAAUGAAGGUAUUUGUGAUCACGUGACUGGAGUCUGCAAGGAUGGCUGUAAAAGUGGAUGGAUGGGUCUCGACUGCUUAGAAGACAUCGUCCCUCAGUCUUUACCUUUCGACUUCUUAAGCAACUCAACUUCUUCUGUUAUUUUAACAUCCAUACAAAUCGGUUUCCUGACCAUGCUGACCAACUUCCGUUUCAUGAACUGCAACAUUGCAUUCAAUAUGGCGGCGGAGAAGUGA